UUUCUUAACCCCUGCGUUUCUUUGGCUUGCCUUGUCAACGCCAAUUUACUCCUUAUGUAUUGUCAAUUCCGAUGAUGUAUGAUUUGGAGGGGGUUGGCGAUGUUUAAGGGCUCAAACUUUCGGAAUUUUCAGUUGUUUACUUUACCAUGGGGCUCGCCUGCGCUUUCAGGCAACAGCGGUCAUCAAAUAAAAGGCCGGCCAUCUUGUUUGUAAUGGAUGACCUGAGUAUCAAGCGCGCGAGGCGAGCGCUGCGUUGCUUUAGCCAGGAUUGCGUGUAAAAUGUGUUGCAAGUGGGGGCUUCUGUAUGCAAGACGACUUCACUUAUGGUGGGACAAUGGUUUCACAGAUUGCUGGUGCGGAUAUCGUCCGACUUGAAAUUUCCACACCGAUUGACCUCCAUAUUCUUGUAGAUUUCAUCAUGAAUAAAAAAGGUCAUUCAUUGAAUAUGACAUUUCCUGUCCUGUGUAGUAAAAAAGACAUUCCACCUUGUUUUAGCCAGGAAGUGGUCGCUUUGUAUUUAUUUGUCAACAUUUAAGCCUAUUGAGUAGGAUAUCAGCCACAUCUUCUGAUUCAUCCCAGUGUAAGAGUGAAAUCCUAGGCCCCGUAAUGGGCCGAAUGCAUUGAGGUGUGGGCAUGAAGAAAAUACAUAUUCAUGAAGCUGUGGUACUAUACAUAGGGGCGCUGGCGGCCAUAGCCCCUGAAGUUGCAUCGAAGUGUGCCAUCACCUAUCCUUAUUCCUCUCCUUACGUCUCUCCUGUCUACGAGCAGCUCACGCCAUCUGGAGGGUGUGUAAGUUCUAAUAUCACUCCUAGUCGCAAGGAAGUCCACGUGAUCAACCUACAGGGAACGUUGCUCGGAGGAGACCAUCCUGUUAUAACUCUACAUAUUCUACCUCUAGAGUUCACCGGCCCCCACUCAGGUCCGCUUGUGUUUGUGUUGAGUUCUGCCAAACCAGUGACAUGGCACUUGCAAACAGGGAACAUUGCCAAUCGCUCAAGCAUAUUCUGGCUGUCUCCGGGAUCGCGGAUAUCAGGUGACACGUAUAUCGUUAAAAAGCAGAAUGAGCGCCGCCAGAAUAUGCCAGCUGACAGUAAGACCCUACUACAGUGGUCUGAGCGCAAGUUCCAUGCCGUGACAUCUUUGAUGGAGGUCAUGAAUGGAAACAAUGUCUUCAAACAAGUUGGCAUUGCUCCCGAAUCUCCCAGCAGCUGUAUCUUUCAGAAGCCAUUUGAAUCUUCCAGCUCCGUUGCGGCAUACAUUCAGCCCCAGCCCAUGUCAGGGUGUGCAGAGACCUCUAGGGAGGGAAUGUCAAAGCAGGACAUGCACAUCAUAGAACUCCAUUCUUCAGCCCCAGUGGCCAGGGAGGGUGCAAGUGUCACCAUCAACAUAGUGACGGAGAAGGAGCGCAGCAUCAGUAGGGAUCUCCUUCUGAUUCUGAAAGCUCAUCAGGACAUCAGCUGGCAUAUCAAGACCAAGAACCUCGUUGGGCGUCUAGAAAUUGUGGCAAACCGCAGCAUCAGCAGAAAUGGAGUAAAAAUGCACACCACCAUCCAGUAUGACGAAUUAAAUCGUAGUCGAGAGGAGCUGAUCAGCUGGUCAGAGAGGCAGUAUGGGCCGAUCGUCUCGUACACUGAGGUGCAGAUCGCCAACAGAAUGAACUUACUGGUCAAAGAUGUUCAGAUUCUGAACACCACCCCAACCACUCCAACUACUUCAACCACCACCACCUCCAGCACCACUACCUCGAGGUCCCGAAUGGCUACCUCAUCUCGUUCCAGAAGUCGCGGACCCACGGGACAUGGACUUAAAUCCCCUUUUAUCAACAGAGAUUUGACGAAAACGGCUCUCCAGCAUGCAUUGAAAGUAGCGUGCAAUGAGCAGGAUCUCGAGGCCACGUUAGACAAGCUGGUUCUGCAGCCCUGUGGGGUGAGGGCCGAGCAGCUGUCCCUGGUGGAUGACAAAUGUCGUCCGGAAGAAAAUGCCACACAUUUCAUUUUUAAGACGGGUUACCAUCAGUGUCGGACGGUGCUGAAGAGGAACAAAGACACAGGCUUGAGGAGCUAUGUCAACUCAGUUAUAAUACAUAGGCGCCAAAGGGAUGAUGAAAUAAUAAAUUGGCGCAAUGGUAGACAGGUGCCAGAUGAUCACAAUGAAGGCUCUGGUUUUUCGUCUCUGGAUGGUACAUAUUACAGUGAUGAUGAAGACUUGACUAUAUAUGACCUUGUCAUACAUAAAGAAUUUAGAUGUAUGCCUAGGUAUUUUGUGGACAAAAAUACGUCCACCAAUGUGAUCCGAGGGGACAGUUUGCCUGAGCUGGGCUUCAAGCUGUCCUUCUACAAGGAUGACCAGUUCAUCCAGCCAGAGGUCUCUUCACCGCUGCAGGUUGAACAGGGGGGCACCAUCUUUGUUGGAGUGGAUGUAAUUGGAGACGCCAUUAUCCAGCCCAUGCUGCUGGGCUGCUGGCUCUCGGACACCGCUUACGGAGAGCGUGACAAGGUAAUGCUAUUUGACAGGGGCUGCAAGAUGGAUGAUACCUUAAAAUGGCUGACCAAAGGGACUGGGAAGAACAUUCUGGAGUCUCUCUGGAUCAGACAGCAAAGGUUCAGCUUUGAGUUUGCACGGCUGUCGCGGAAAAAUAUAGCUUUCUUGAACUGCGAGGUGGACACAUGUAGUCGAGACGGGAGGAGUAACAGGAAUCCGCCAGUGAGGAAGUGUAUGCCCCCUGGUAAGAUGUGUCUGACGUCACGUAUGACUGUAGGGGAGGGGCAGGAACCGGCCUUCCAGGCCCCCUCUGAGUACAGCAAAGUGGUGUAUGCAGGGCCGAUAGUACAAAUAGAGAGGGUCAGGAGUAGCACAACUGUCAUCCCCACUAAGCCAAGAAUACCAAGUCUCCCAAUCCCUAGUGACGGGCCAGCCACCCGUUUACACACGGACAGCUCCAAGGGCAAGCAGCAGCCUACUCAUAUAGUGUAUGGCCUGGAGUCGGGGACAGUGGUGGGCAUUGCAUUUGCAGCAUUUGUCAUUGGUGUCUUACUGACGGGAGCACUGUGGUACAUACACACACAUACUGGUCCCGUAGGACAGCCUCAGCCCGCAGCAGCUCCAAAGGGCACCCGCAGUGGCAAAGGUUCCUCAAAAGGAUCACUAGAGAGUAGCAUGGAAUGCACCCCUAACUCUUUUACACCAAUCGCAUCGUAGCACGGGCUUGAUCAUCGUAAAAUGGAGGGAAACGGGUCUCAUGGCGCACCCUCAAGUAUUAUAAUAUCAUGAUAUUAUUUUAUAGAGAUAAACAGAGGAAAGGGAUGAAGGAGGAUACAAACAGCUGUCAGAUAGGACUGAUAAAAAGUUGUUUAUCAAUGUGUAGACCUUAAAGUGAUAUUAAUGAAUGAAAAGAACUCUCAAAAUGAAUAUUUUGAAGGGUCCUAAUUGUUACUUGAUGACAAGGAGCACAGAAAGCAGAGUAACAAUGUAGGAUAACUUCAUACGGAGAGAAUACAGUUACGAAGAUAGAAACUUAUAUACAUACGGGUGAAAGAAGCCACAGGGAUUUAAAUCUGGUGAUUUAUAAAGACUGGUAUCAUACAGAAACGAUACCAAUUCUGAAUGCCAGUGGUUCCCUUUCUUAAAGGAACAAUAGAUGUGGAAUGUUGAGACUAGAGUGAAGGAGGGAGAAAUGUUUUUCACAACAUAAUGACAUUUCACACCACUGAGACCUCAUCCCCUAUUGAAAUCCAACACAAUUUCUGUCACAGCUAACGCAAUGACCGACAAGUCUUCUCACACUUCUCUGUCACACUGGGGCAUGCUCUUACAUUAUCAACUCAAGGUGGACAGAAAUGGUUGAAACAAGAACUUUUUUUUUUCAUCUGUAGUGUUGUCAGCCAGGACUGUUUCAACAGUGGUUGGUGAGGCAAGAUUUUACAUGUACUGUUCUACAAGGUUUACGGAAGAAUGAAGAAGAUGAGCAAACUUUGGAGAUGCCAUACUAGCCCUAGUCAUGCCUAUUUUUGAACUCUACAAAUGGAUUGGGACAAAAAUGAUGAAAUUAUUAAUACUAAGGAGUCUUUCGACUAUAGUAUUGCACAGAUUAACUGCUACACUGAAGCUGUGGUGUAGUUCAUUGAACACCCAAUCCCUGUCCUUCUUACAGCAGUGGAACAUGACCAGGCUCACGGUAACCAGUGAAAAAUCUUCUUUCAUUGAUAGGGAUGGUCACAUGGAUUAAUCUGUAAUAGGUCUUUUUAUCAGAUGUUUAUACAUGAAAAAUCUUUUUUUAGUUAAUUUUGUUCAGUAAAUAGUUCCUCUGUUAGACGUUACAUUUAGGAUUUUUUUAUAAGCAGGGCUUCUCUAUUUUUAGUGGUGCCUGGAAAAAUGGCAUGUUAAGUUACCCCCUAAUUUACUCUCCCACUUAGAUUUUGAAUUGUUUUUAACCGUAUGUGUUCCAUCUUGUAAUAAUGUCAACAUUUAUUGGUGAACUUUGUUGACAUGUUUUAUGUAUGUAAACUGCCUCCAAAAGACGUGUCAUUAUUGCAUUAAGCCCAUGCAGAUUCUUGGUUGGAUUUAUAGUCAUACAUGAAGCUGUCAUGCUAGAGAAAUCUGGAGUAACAAAGUGCAUUUCAUUUGUCGUUUUCCCUUCAGUAGAAUCAUCAAGCAGCCAAGAAAAUCACACUGAACACAAAUUAGAUGGUCGUCUUUCUGGUUGCAGAUUAAGCACUUACCAAAUAGCCAGUGAUAUUGUUGUCUCCUGUCUGAAGUGCUUUGGAGACCCUGAUGACACAGUAUGGCUUGUUCUAUUAACCUUAUUCCCUUUUAUAUCCACAUUGGCAAAGGAAAACUCUAUGCUGUAAUCAGCUAUACAAAGUUGAUGCUGAAGGAAAAUGACUAAUUGGUGCAUUUUGUUCACUCUCUUUUUCUUUUUGAGUUAAUAGGUACCUGAAAUGUUGCCCUGUAAAAUACACAUAGACACUAAAUGUAAGUAAUUGAAUGCAAAAUUUCAGUUGCGAUACUGUUCACCAGCUAUUUAAGUUGUUCAUAUUCUUUCUGUUGCUGCAUUUUUUUUUUUUUUUUUGUCCCAGUGGUUAAAAAUUAUAUUGGUGUAUGAGGAGAGAGUGUAAAAGGUUCGCAAAACAUUAUUACGGGUACUACGGGUAUUUAAUUCAUUACAUGUAGAUAUGUAGAAGUAUAGCCCUGUGUUCUGUACACUGUUCAAUGUAUAUGUGCAAAACCAUGUGUCACACUGACCUUAAUAUGUUAUUCUGUAAUAUACCAUAUAAAUGUGCUUUUACAUAUACAUAUAUAUAUAUAUUAGUAGCUAUGAUAUUUUAUCAGUAGAUGUGCACAUACAUAAUUGUCAUCAUUUGAAUCAUUAUUGAAUCAAUGAAGUACUGAAAAAUAAAUUUAAGAGGUGCUUAAUUGUGAUGCUCUAGUAAGUAGGAAAUUGUCAGUAAAAGUGUUGAUCAUUUCUGGGAGCAGCUUUUCUUAAACUUCUGUAUGCAUUUUUUCUUUUUUUUUGGGGGGGGAGGGGGUUGUAAAAAGGAAUUUAAUUAUGGAUUUAUGUGGCCAUAUAUUAGGUCCUAUGCUAUUUAAUGAUAUGAAUAGAAUUACCACGUUGUAAUGUCUGGAUAAACUGAAACCUUGCUAAACAAGUGAAAAGCUGCACUAUGAGACCAAUUAAUUUUUGUGCAUGAUAUUUAAUGUUUUGUUUGUGGAAAAAUUUGCUAUUAGUGGUACUUGAUUAUUAGACCACAAAGCGCAAGUCCAUACGUUCAUCAUGAUAUAAAAAGCACCAUAUGAUUUAAAAAAAAACAGCCUGGUUCCUGGAUUAAAUUAUCUGUGGUGAUCAGUGGGAGAAGAAAGAAGAAGAAAAUCUUUAUUGAAAUGACCUUUGAAUGUGGUCUGUUCACAUCAUGUGUGGGCUGGGAAUGUCCAGUGGUAAAUUGUUAGGAUUUCAUAUUUCAUGAAAGUUUGAGAACAAACUGAUCACAAAGGCCUCCAAAUUCUUUGUAAUUGUGGUGUAACUUUCCUGUGAUUACCCCACC